AUGAAAAUGCAGUUUAAAUACCCUCUUAUUACUUCCGUGGUUGCUCUCUUUGGUAAAGUCGCAACUGCGGGUUCGGAAACCGAUACCUGUUUCGCAACCCUAGGUUCAUCUAUAGAUGGUUUGCAAGCCAGAUUCUUCAAGUACGUCUACCCAGAUUAUGCUAGAGAAUAUAGUGACAAAGAUUAUGUAACCUUUGGCUACGACAGAGACGAUCGCUACAUUACGACUUUGACUGGGGUUACAGAUGUUAAUUUCUUCCAUUUUUUCAACAUUAAUCAAAAUGGACCAACAUGGGGUGAAAUUAAUGGCUUAAAUAUCACCACUUCUAAUUUCACUGUUGAAUAUAGCGGUUGGUUUACCCCAAUCGAAACGGGUGACCACAUCUUUACCAUUGGCCAAACAGACGAUGCAACUAGGAUCGAAAUUAUGGGAGAUAGUUCCUCUUAUUGUUGUAACAAUACUGAUAUUAAUAGUACAGUGGUCGAGAGUUAUCAAAUCUACAAUAACCCUACUGUACACGAACAAAAUGUUUACCUCCAAUCAGGUGUUUCAUACCCUCUGAAGAUUGUUUAUUUCAACAAGGACUCAGUUGGUAUUCAAACAAUCAACUUCACUGACCCUUCCGGUACUGUACACGAUACCUUUGAUGGUUAUGUCAAAUAUUACACUGACGUUGUUUGUGAUAAGACUCCUGCGCAAACCUCAACCUCCGAGUUACCUGAAAGUAGCACGACUUUGGCCUCCGUUAUUGUGUCUUCCGACCCCGAAUCAGUUUCACAUUCUACUAAGACAUUAACUCCUUGUGAUUCAUCCUCUACCACCUCUUCUCACCCAUGUAAGACUACCACAUCAAGACCACAAAAGUGCCCUUGCCGUAAACCGUGGGUUCAUACCAGACAUGGUGGAUGGACACAUGAAAGACCUCACCACCAUUGUUAA